AGCACAAGUUGAAUACGUCAAGGAAACAUGGACAAUCUUAACGUGGGCAUUUUACUUUGCUUGGCAGCCGCAGUUGGCUGCGUGCCGACGUCCUAUUUGACGGAAGACGACGGCAGUUUUGCAGAGAGCUACCUAAAAAAAUUCUACGACCUUAAGGAGGGGAGUCCGACGGUCAGACGGGGGAUCGGUCCACUCAACCAGAAGCUGAGUGAGAUGCAGAGGUUCUUUGGUCUACAAAUCACCGGGACGCUAGAUGAUGAAACCUUGGAGAUGAUGAAGAAGCCUCGCUGCGGCGUUCCAGAUCAUGAAAUUUCCAGUUUCACCACGUUUGGAAACAAUCUCAAGUGGGACAAAAAUAGUCUAACGUACAGGAUCGAGAACUACACACCAGAUAUGUCCCAGUCAGAGGUCGAGGAUUCCAUCAAAAAAGCUCUGGACGUUUGGGCCAAAGUUACUCCUCUUAGAUUCACGAGAAUCUACAGCGGCACAGCGGACAUCAUGAUCUCAUUUGGUCGCCAAUCACACGGCGAUUUUUACCCCUUCGAUGGUCCCGACGGAACUCUGGCCCACGCCUUCGCCCCAGCCCCCGGUAUCGGAGGAGACGCCCACUUUGAUGACGACGAGACGUUUACAUUUCGCUCAAAUUCUGGAUAUGUUCUUUUCCUGGUCGCCGCCCAUGAGUUCGGUCAUUCCCUGGGAUUGUCCCAUUCCCAAGACCCGGGUGCCCUCAUGUACCCGAUAUACUCGUACACAAACCCAAACAGUUUUCGCUUACCACGAGAUGACAUCAACGGCAUCCAGUCUCUUUACGGUCAGAAUCCUGAAACUGAUCCUGAGACGGAUCCCGAUGACCCUGAACCCCCCACCACUCCUGAUGCUUGCGAUCCAAGCAUGGUUCUGGAUGCUGUCGCCACCCUUCGUGGGGAGAUGCUCUUCUUCAAAGACAGGUUCUUCUGGAGAGUCUACCCUCAAAGCAGGACACCUCAGCAGAGCUUCAUCACCAACUUGUGGCCCGACGCCCCCAAAAGGGUCGAUGCCGCUUACGAGAGCCAAGUGUCCAGGAAUGUUUAUCUUUUUAAAGGUCAACAAGUGUGGGCUUUCCGAGGCUAUAAUCUUGUUCAAGGAUACCCCAAGCCCAUAACACAUUUCGGUUUUCCCAGAAGUGUGAGAAGAAUCGACGCAGCUCUUUACGACGAGGAAUCUCGCAAGACUCUGUUCUUUGUCGGAAAAACCUACUACAGCUACGAUGAAGCCAGGAAAACGAUGGACGAGGGAUUCCCCAAACGUGUCUAUGAGACCUUUUCCGGUCUCACCGGGAAGGUGACGGCAGCAUUCCAGUACAAACGUUUUACCUACAUCUACAGUGGAUCCCGAAUGUUCGAGUACAGCUUCAGCACGGGAACGUUCUUCCGUGUGCUCGGGAAUAACUACUUCCUGCCUUGCACUCAGUUCUAACUUAUUCAGAUGAAGGAUAUUUAUCCAGAAAUAUCAUCAGGAAUUUAUUAUUUUAAAAUGUUUAAUGUAGCCGGAAGCUAAUAUUUUCAUCAUGUGUAUUAUUUGUUGUUGUACAAGCAUGUAUUCCAUGCAAUCCAAUUAUUUAUGAAGUAAACAGUAUUGUAUUUAUAUUUACAUAUGCAAAUGGAAA